AUGGAUACUCCUCCAUCACCAUCAAUGGCAGUCUUAUCAGAAGAAAUUCAUGCAUCUCCAACCGAUGAGGCUGCGGUGCCAUUGGUUGCCGUGGCUGGGCCUCGAUCAAAAGUAAUACCGUUGCGUGUGGAGGUAAACCAUGAACAAUUGAAGCCGGCUUCUACUUCUGAGGUAGCCCAACCUACGCGAACAGUAUCAGAAGAAUCCUUGCCAGCAAAAGCAAUAUAUCCUCCGCCUGUUUCACCCACGCAGACCUUUCAGCCGCCCGCUCCGCCUCUUGCCAUGAUGCAUGUCGCCAAAUCACCAACAUCGGCCAAUCCACCAAACUCCAAAUUCAAACGAUGGAGCCGGCGUCGGUCUGAUCUUGAGCCUAGGUCGCCGCCCAUGUCGCCAGUCACCGAUAACUUGGGCAAGAUCAAUCCCUCUGGCUCAAUUGCUUCAUCUAGCGCUUCAUCCGCCUACUCUGCCAACUCUGCCACCAUCCAGAUCCCUCAACCAGGCACCAAUGCCUAUACUUUAAAACCUCAUCGUAAACGUCAACAGUCGGACCCAAAGUAUCUUCGAUUCAUGUCGACAAUCUCCCAAAAUCAAAGACAGACAUCACCUGAGCAGUAUGUCGGCUAUCCAGGGCUUGCAUCUCAUAUGACCGAAACGCAGAACUUGAUCUUCCGUCGCUUCGAUGAUGUCCACGUUCGCCUUCUGUUAUAUCUUCAGGAUCAGAUAUCUCAACUUGAGGCUCAACUCCGGACGCUGGACGAACGUAACAUUGCAGAAAGUGGAAUCCACAACGGCACCUUUCGGGAAGAUGCCGACAAGUUACGAGUUGAUACUAUGGAGAAGCUCCGUAUAUGCGUGGGAGAGUACGAUACAAUGAUCUUAGCAUUCAGCAAGAUGCAGGAGUCCAAGGCGUCCGAGAAGUCGGUUGCACGACUAAAGGAUUGGUUAAAAAAGUACAGUGGUGGAUCUAAUGGUCGUCAAUCCCUUCCAAAAGGUGGUGCAAUUGCAAGGGAGGAGUUGGAAUGGGUUGAAAAAGUCGAUGACUUGACAUAUCUGCCAAUCAGCACGGCUGCUAGCAGUACACCUGUCAAGCAGUCUUCAUUGACGCGGCUGUUUGCUGGCAAGAAAGGAUGA